AUGGCUGCCGACAGCGGCGCUCCGCAGGCCCGGGCGCUCCUUCAGCAGUGCCUGCACGCGCGAUUGCAAGUUCGCCCAGCCGAGGGAGACGCCGCGGCCCAGUGGGUGGAGAUUCAGAGAGGAUUAGUGAUCUAUGUAUGUUUCUUCAAGGGAGCUGACAAAGAACUUCUUCCCAAAAUGGUUAAUACACUGUUAAAUGUGAAAUUAAGUGAAACAGAAAAUGGCAAGCACGUCUCUAUAGUGGAUCUACCUGGUGACAUUCUUAUCAUCCCUCAAGCCACCCUUGGGGGCAGAGUGAAAGGAAGAAACAUGCAGUAUCAUUCUAACUCUGGAAAAGAAGAAGGAUUAGAACUUUAUUCACAGUUUGUGUCUCUGUGUGAAAAAGAAUUAGCUGCUAAUGCCAAGUGUGCUGGAGCUGGGGUUGUAGUGGAACACGGCACUUACGGGAACAGGCAGGUAUUAAAGCUGGAUACCAAUGGACCGUACACUCACUUAAUUGAGUUUUGAAAAGUUACAAAUUAGUUUACACAACAGUUUUCUAUAAGUAAUGAUCUGAACUAUAAUUAGAUUUCCUUCUCCUUCAUUUUAAGUAUACUGAUCUGCGGCAGGCUUUUUUCAGGCUUUUUUCUUCGUGUCGGUGGGGAUUGAAUCCAGGGCCUGGCAGGCACUAGGCAAAGGCUGUGUCACUGGAGUAUAGCUCCACCCCCAGUCUGCAGCAUUUUUCGACAGGAACAUCCUGGAUCUCCAAAAUGACUGCAGAUUGCUAUCUAGGUGACUUUGCCAAAUCCCCUAAGCUCUGGAUCUCAAUCUUUUGUCCUGCUUCCUCCAACUUUCCACUUGAAAAUUUGAAAAAUGUUGUCUGUUCAUUUCAUUGUUACUAAAGAAAUCUUAAGCAUGUUUUCAAAAUGAUGAAAUAUGUACAACCAAGACAAUCAAAUUUGUUAUACCCUCAAGUGGAUGCAUGUGUAAUAAAAAUAGUUGUUUUAAAAUUAAGUACAAAAAGAAAGAGAACUUGGGAUGCAGAAAUGGAGAAACUAAAAAG